UUCAACAAUCUGGCAACAUAUUUUAUUGCUACAAUAAUGGCGUCUGCAAUUUGUCGCGUUCGGUGUGCGGCUAGUACAUUAUUUAGUUCUACAUAUAAGAAAAUUUCAUAUUUUCCCAAAAAUCCUUCAAGAACUUAUUUAGUCCCAUGCUUCAAUUCAUUUCUAAUAUUAAAUUCUAACAAGGAACCUGGUCAUACAUGUGUUAAAAAUAAGGCUAUCCUAAGCUAUGAUUUAUCUAUAUCCAGAAAUUUUUGUGUUGAUGCAAAACUUACCAAAGAAGAGAUAACUGAAAAAGUUAUGCAUAUUUGCAAGUCAUUUGAUAAAAUUCCUUCGGACAAGUUAACUCUAGAGUCUCACUUCAUGAAUGAUUUAGGGUUAGACAGUCUUGAUCAUGUUGAACUAAUUAUGAAUGUUGAAGAUGAUUUCAACUUUGAAAUACCUGAUGCAGAUGCAGAAAAAUUAUUGAGGCCCAAAGAUAUUGUAGAAUAUGUAGCUCAAAAAACCCAGUCCAGUUCCAAAUAGUAGUAAAAAUUGUACGCAGAAAAAUGUGAUAUGUCAAUUUCCACAGCAGAAGCUUCAAGGGUAUCAUCAAUUCGAAAGCUGUCAAGAAAAUUGCUGGUGCAAAAUACAUGGGUUGCAAACCUGUUUCUUUUGUAGUUAUCAUCAUAAAAAUGUUUUCUGUAGAUAUUUUCAAUUGAACUGAUUAAAAGUAGUUUUUCUAA